UCCGUCAUCAUCAUCAUCCAACUCAGCUAUAUGACUGAGUUGAAUCAUUGAGAAACAUCUGGUGCUUUCCGAAAGGAUAUAUUUUUUGCUUUUGAGGUCCAAACCUGAAUAGCAUGGGCUAGGCGGGUAUGUAAGAGUGGGUCAAACCUUAACAGGUUCGAGUUCUUUCAGAAAAGGCCCCAGUGAGUAAAUAAGGUGGAUCACUGAAGAGAAAAGAAAGGUUUAAGAUGUGAGUAUCUGGACUGAGACUCGUGUCACUGUUUCUCCAGCAGUCAACACCCAUCACUACAGCUGUGAAGUGUAGCUACUGAAGGUAGCUAUUGCGUAAUUUCAUUAUUGGGGGCGGUGCACUUCUCUUCAACAGUAGAUGUACAUUUUUUGUUGUAGUUGCUGCGCACAAGUCAGUUGUAGACCAGACCGAGGUCAUAAUCUGGUCUGACUGUGCCAGUCAAUUCUUGAUUUUACUUAGUUCGCUGUAGCAGACUUUGGACAGACGCCUCCACAGGUUUUAACAAUAGGCCCUCUGACCGUGCAUAAGCUAUUGACUAAUUGGUUUAAACGGCAUACGCUGAAAAGGCGUUGCAAUUUAUUUUCCAUGUUAUGAAAGGCUCCCCAGACGAGUAGCUACAGUGUAUAGACUUCACGUUAUCUGUCUGGCUCUCAUGCACCGUACCGUGUCAACACCGUGUGUUUAAUUCAGUCAUCACUGCAUUAGGGCAGCAGUUAGUGAGUGGUUAGUCCUAGUGGUUUCGUUCCAUCAAAUAUGGAUUAGCACAUGCUAUCUAGUAGUUUUAUAUUUUUGAUUUACCGUUAAAAAAGUAAUUUCGGUGAAUAGUCUUGGUCUUUCGGCGAUGAAAGAGCUGCGGAGCGUGCUGUGUGGGUCGCCUCGGUGGGUGUAUACCAUGACCUUAACGGAACAUACUAUUCAUCAUUGAGACUGUUGCGGUCCUCCUGGGGGAUGCUUGGUGGAGCCGAUGGAUGCGUAAGGAGCCGCAAUCUGCUCAAGUGGUCCCUCUUCGUCUUUCUGUGGAAGGCAGACAUUAAUCUUUGUAGCCAAUGAACUUGAAGGAGACGCGAGGGAAUAUUUUAAGUUGAAGAAAUUAAAAAUGUAACACCCCUCAGAUAGUCCUGACGAGUAAGUUUUUUUUCUUCUCCAUGCGUGAUGUGGAAACAAUCGGUCGAAACGGAGCGAUCUCGGUACACGUUUUGAAUUAGCUGACAGCGUUGGUCUCAGUGCGCUCUAACAUUGCCCUGUUUCGUGAAGUAGCCUAGACAUUUGACAAAGGUUGAUGGAGAUCUGGUCGGAUGACAGCUGGAACUGUUGUCAUAACUGGAGGAAUUCUCGCAACGGUGAUACUCUUGUUUAUCAUUGCAGUGCUCUGUUACUGUCGUCUCCAGUAUUACUGCUGUAAAAAGAAUGAGUCCGAGGGCGAAGCUGCCUCAGUCACUCCAUCACAACACGCUUGCAAUGAGUGCAACGCUCCCGGGCUGGAUGGUAGUGCCGCCACCCCUUUGUCUCUGUCCCCGGAACCAGUGCCCUCGAGCAGCUACUGCCCCUCCUGCUCCCCCUACGGCUCGCCCUUCUACGUCCGCUCCACGGGGGAGACACGCAACGGCGGGGAGCGCAUCACCUACAUGCCCACCCACUUUGAAAACCCCUCGCUGUCGCUGCCGCUACCCAAGAUGCAUUGCGCCCCGCUGAGCUCUCGCAAUGCGCCGGACUUCUACACCAACAGGCGUGCGAUCAGCACCGACGUCUGAUUCCGUGGUCCAGUCCUGGAGUGUUUCACCAUGCCCUGUGAUUGGUCCACGUUCAUCCCUCUGCUGACCCCAACCUGACCUCUCAGGGAAAACAGAGGACAGGGACUCAAGCGACUGGAGGGAUGAACGUAUAUGAGAAGCCUGUGGCCACUGUGCUACCUACACUCUUUGUCACUGGAUCCAAAUGCUACUAGUUAUAACAAAAUAAGCUCAAAUAAGCUGUUCUCUGUGUGUUUCAUUUCAUAAUCCAAUUGUACCAAUUGUUGUUGUUGUUGAUAAACUUUUGGGGGUACUGCAGGAGAAGUGUCAGCCUACGCUGGUUACAUCCACUUUGGCUGGAUGAGGGCAGUCGGCCCCAAGGAGGAAUGCCUUAUCGGCCUACACUAGGCAUUUCCUCACAGGGCAGGCGGGUGUGGGCUUCCUAUUCGAACUGUUUUGAGGGCUAUCUGUGUAAAUGGUGUCACCUGUACCCACUAGUUUUUUAUUUUUUAUCCUUCAUUUCAAACAGCCACUAAAUAGAUAAAUGUCCGUGUGUGUAAAACAAGGUAAAUUGAAAACAUCUUUUUACAUACAGUAUCAUUGAAAAGAACUGGAACAAUCAAUAUUUAUAUGUUAGUCUUCAAAAAGUAAGAGUGUAACUUUCAAAUAAUAUUUUCAGAGCUUUCUCUAUGCAAGUUUGAUGUUUGACUCAUGACAAGAAUUGGUAAAGAGUGAGAAACCAAAACAAUACAGCUGUCUGUCUGGCAUUUUGUUUUCUCCAUGUGAGUUAGUAAUGCACAUCGUACAUACACAAAGCUUUACAGAGAUCAUUGCAAUUGUACAGAUCGAGCAGUCUCAUUUCUAGGUCUGACUGGCCUGUGUGGUUUUGAAGUGGAGAGUCAUAUCAGCAGCAUAUUUUGGGAGAUAUUUCACUUCCCAAGAGUGGCCUGUUUGUUCUUGCACCUCGAUUUGGAUUUGAUACUUUUCAAGUGGAGAGAGUUAAUGCUGAUACAGGAAUGAUAUAUAUUAACUGUGUUUAUAUUUGCAGAGGUUAUUGCAAAACUGUGGAUGUGUAUUUACUAUGAAAUGCAUUGAAUGAUUUCUAUGUAUGUCUUUGUCAACUUAAUUGGCUGACAAUAUCCAGCCACAAUAUAUAUUUCACAGUGGACCUCAGAGGAACUGAGAAAGGAUUGACAGUGUGAACUUACUUAUCUCUUUGUUGUUGAAGUGUGUCAAAAUGUCAUGUCUGAGCACUACACCUUGGUAGUUAUUUAAACUUGUGAUGCACUUGAAAUACUUGUAUUUAUUUAUUUGUUUUGUUGAUUACAAAUCUUUUUGCUAAUGAUUUUAUUACAAAUUCUGAAGUAAUACACAUAUUAAAACAAAACAUUGCUUGCCAGCUAUAGAGAAAUAUUUUCCUGUAAUGUCUUUCUAGUUUAAACAGUGAGUGAUUUUAAAAGAUGGAUUGAUUGAAACAGCAAAGCAAAAAAUAAAAUGAACUUAUUAUA